AUGGCACCCCCUGAUGCGUGGGCGGACGCUCCCGCAGAUAAUGGGCCCGGCUCUACAAUCGCCAUCGGCAUUCCGGUCACGCCGAAGGAGUCCGCACGACAGGAGGCCGGCAAGCCGGCCCAAGUUUCUGCGCCCCCUGCAGAGACCGUGGCGACGACACCAGAAGUGAGCAAUGAGCCGGUGACGGCUCCCGCGACGGCGCAGGCCGAGGAGCCUGCGGCUGAAGUGCCGAGAGAGGCAGCGUCGGCUCAGGCCGAAGAAGAGCCUGCCACGAUGAAGCUCGAAGUGAUCAUUCCGGAUGGGGUGAAACCCGGUGAUGUCUUCGAAGUGAAGUUUGACGGAAAGAUGGUCCAGGUGGAUGUCCCUGAAGGUUGCCGGCCGGGCUCGGCGAUUUCCAUUCUCCUCCCCGUUACUCCGAAGGGCUCCAAGGGGGAGGAGGCUCCAGCAACCACAGUUCCUGCAGAGGACGCCGUCCCCGACGAGCCCUCGAACGAGACGGCGGCGCUGAUCGAGAUUGCAGAGCAAGUACCAGAGCCACACCCUGCGGUUGUGCCGUUGCCGGAGGAGGCGCCUGCAGGAGGAAAUCCGGAGGAGGUGGAGUACACCGACCACCACAUUGAGGUCCCGAUCCACAAGCAGGUGUAUUCACUACUGGUAGAGCUCCAGACUCGCAUUGCCAAUAUCUUUGACCAGAUCGUCCAGGUUCCCAUCCAGGAUGGGACGCAGGCCGGUGGGGUCCACGUGCCCAUUGUCCAGAUGGUUCAGAACACAUCGAAAGUUGCCCAGAUCCAGUAUGAGGCUUUCGAAGUGCAGAGCUUUCUCGGUGCACCAGAGAUUCUUCCGACUGUCUACAGCGGUGAUGACACUGAUCAGCCACCCUCAACCCCGAACGCCUGGUUCGUGCUUGGAUAG